AUGGGUUCGGGACUCUCUCUGUUUUACAAUGGUUUAUCUUCUUCGUCUUGUUCUGGGAAUCGAGAUCUGUUUAAGCCUGGUUUUGGGGAUUUGCCGGAGAGUUGUGUUGCUUUGAUUCUUCAGAAUUUGGAUCCGGUUGAGAUCUGCCGAUUCUCAAAGCUAAACAGGGCUUCUCGUUCUGCUUCCUGGGCUGAUUUCGUCUGGGAAUCGAAGCUUCCUCCAGGCUACAGACUGAUUCUCGAGAAAAUCCUCGGUGAUUUCCCGGAAAAACUGUGCAAAAGAGAUGUCUACAAUUUUCUCUCUCGUGUUAAUUCCUUCGACGAAGGAACAAAGAAAGCUUGGGUGGAUAAACGAACCAGUGAUCUCUGUUUAUGCAUAUCGGCCAAGGGAUUAUCAAUCACUGGGAUUGAUGAUCGGAGAUACUGGAGCCACAUUCCGACUGAUGAAUCUCGAUUUUCUUCAGUAGCAUAUGUUCAGCAAAUCUGGUGGUUUGAAGUUGAUGGAGAGAUCGAGUUUCCGUUUCCAGCUGGAACCUACAGCGUCUACUUCAGGCUGCACCUAGGCAAACCGGGAAAGCGGUUUGGUUGGAGGGUUUGCCACACUGAACAGAUUCAUGGAUGGCACAUUAAACCGGUUCGGUUUCAGCUCUGGACCGAAGAUGGUCAGCACUCCUCGUCUCAAUGCAAGUUGACCGAGCCAGGAAGCUGGAACUAUCACCAUGCCGGUGACUUUGUGGUCGGGAAAUCGAAAAGUUGGUCGACGAAGCUAAAGUUCUCGAUGACUCAGAUCGACUGUACGCAUACCAAAGGCGGGUUAUGUGUAGACUCUGUAGCUGUGUUUCCGAGCUCGUGCAAGGACCGGUUGAGGCGGGUUUAA